AUGGCAUCCCGUCCCCCGCCCUCAUCCGCCGCUGCGGGUCCAUCGCGCACCCUCACCCUCACCUCCGCACCCGCUGCACCGACCGAUUCGGACGCGGGGAUUCUUCGCUUGCGACCGGCGGCCUCUGCCUCAUCGCGAUCCCAAUCACGCCGCGUAGUGUGGACCGACUCGACGGUGGACAACGAGCAUCUGGGAAAGAAGAAGAGCAAGAUCUGCUGCAUCUACCACAAACCCAAGGCGUUUGACGAGUCGUCCGACGAGAGCUCGAGCGGGAGCGAUUCCAGCGAGUCGGAUUCGAGUGAGGAGGACGGAAGUGAGAGCAGUGCAGACGAGGGACCAAAUGUCAGCCAGGGGUUGAGGGACAAGUUGAAACACAGGAAACACGGGCAUCAGCAUGAGCAUGGAGAAGGCUGCGAUGGACAUGCAGGGAAGGCGAAGGGCAAGGCGAAGGGGAGGACAAAGAGUUCGGGUGGGACACAGACUAUCACGACGACCAAAGAGGAGCAACAGGAGGAGCAAGGGGACAGCGAUGACGAGAGGCAAAAUGGCAGACCAAACGCUUACGAGCGCGGCACACGCUGA